AUGCCGCGUGUUAAUCGCUCCCCGCCUCGAUUGUUGACGAGUGACUCGUUGCUGCCUCAAAUUACGCAUUGCAAGUCGGACUCAAAUCUUCCUGACUGUGCUGGGCUACAAAUUCCUACAAAUGCGCCUGCACUUUGUCGUGAAGCAACAAGUGACCCUAACUUAGCACUAAGAAAACGAAAGCGGGGUGACGAGGUAGAUAAGGACGAAAUUAUCGCUAUGUUUGCCAUGUUAAAGAAGGAACAGGAGGAAAGAUUUUCAGCUUUAAUGAAUAAGAUAGAAACGGGCAUUAAGGCUCACACGGAUCAAAAUAGCGCCAUUCUAAGCUCAAUUGAGUUUUUGGGGCAGAAAUACGAUGAGUUGGUCACUAGAAUAGACACCCUAGAGCGUGAAAAAAUAGAGGAUAGCAAACAAAUUAAACUACUGGAAGCGAGGUUGGAACAUUUUGAACGAUUUCAUCGAAUCUCUAGUAUUGAAGUUAGAAAUGUACCCAAAACAUCCGUGGAGACUAAAACUGAUCUAUUGAAUCUAGUACAAAAAGUUGGUACUGCUCUUAGUGUACCACUGCAAGCAGCUGACAUUAGAGAUGUUUACCGCAUUAAUACCAGAAAGGACACCAACCAGCCGAUAGUGGCCGAGCUUACAAGCGUCAUCCUACGGGAUAAAAUUAUUUCAAACGUCAAGACGCAUAAUAAAUUAAACUCACAAAAUAAAUUUAGUACGAGCAACAUAAAACUCGACGGACCGCAAAAGCCAAUAUUCAUUUCGGAAAAUCUGGCUCCACAGACUAAGAAAUUGUUUUUCUUAGCAAGGGAAACCGCCAAAGAGUUCGGCUAUAAAUACUGUUGGACCUCAAGAGGCAAGGUGUAUAUGCGACGAACGGAUGGUGCUCCAUUCGUUAGAGUAAACAAUGAGGGUGAUCUAGAGAAGGUUAAGAGUAAAUGA